AUGGUGCUGCUAAAUUCUAUAACAACUGAUACAUCUAAAAAAAAUGGCGAGUAUUAUACUAGAGGCAUCUCUGUUGUAUACAUUUUUGACAUCGUCACUAUAAUAAUAUUGAACUCAUACGCCAUAGCAGUAACACUACGCUCGACAACGACGUUGAUACUAACACAAACAUUAACGACAACCACGAGAUUCACAACAACGACGACACGGUCGACAACGAAAACAACACAACCAACAACACGAUCGACAACAAGAAUAAUAGCAACACAAACAACAACAGUAACAGUAACAACAACAGUAAUAACAACAACAACAUCAACAACAAUGACAACAACAACAUCAACAACAAUAAUAACAACGCGCUCAACAACAACAAUCCGUGAGUAG